ACCCCCUCCUGCUCCACAUCAUCAUAAGCAGCACCUGUCAAUCAACACGCCGCUGACCAAUCAGAAGCCGGAGUUCCAGAGCGCGUCGGAGUGUGUGCAGCUGCAGGAGAACUGGGUCCUGGGCACUAGUGUGGGUCUGCAGAGCAGGCACUUCCUAUUAAAGACUGGCACCGGCUCUGCCUCUCUCUUUGCCACGCCCACUCCAGGCUUCACCAUGGCAACAGGGGCGGUGUACUGCCCCCCGGCACGCCCCUUCCUCCGAAACAAGCUGUCCAGGGGCGCGUUCCAAUUCAACAAAUCACCCAAACACUGCUCCUGGAAGUGCACUGCUCUGAGUGCAGUGGGCGUGGCCACGCUGCUGUCAAUCAUGCUCUGCUACUGCAUAGUGAUGCAUGUAUUUGGACUGAACUGGAAGCUGAAGGACGUUCACACACACGCGUUUGAGAACGGUCGCGUUUCCUCAUCCAGCAGCACAACCACCUCGCUCAACACACACGGCAGAACUGACCCCGGGCAGGACUCAGAGCAGGUGCAGGUGGGGCAGCAGGUGAGUUAUUCUGUCGUCCCAGGACUUUUCUGGAGAACGAGCAUCGUCCUGGAGCAGUCACAGCUCCUUAAAUUCAACGUCUCGAUCCAGAAGAAUGCGCUGAUAGGAGUGUAUGGGAGGAAAGGACUCCCACCCUCACACACACAGUAUGACUUUGUGGAGCUGCUCGAUGGCAGUCGCCUGAUUUCCAGGGAUGCGGAGGUCAGGGACGGUGUGGAGAAUCUGAUCAGCGUUCACUGUGCUGAAUUUAUUCAGUAUCUUCAGACUGGAGUUUGGCAUCUUGCAUUUUAUAACGAUGGACUGAACCUGGAACCUGUUUCGUACAACACUACAGUUCUGGAUUCAGUAACGCAGUGUCCACACAACUGUAACGGGAACGGGGAGUGUGUGUCCGGCGCCUGCCGCUGUUUCCCAGGGUUCCUUGGGCCGUAUUGCUCUCAGGCUGCAUGCCCUGUAUUGUGCAGUGGUAAUGGAGAUUACAGCAGGGGGCGCUGUCACUGCUACAGUGGAUGGAAGGGGACGGAGUGUGACGUCCCCGCCGCGCAGUGCAUGGACGCCCAGUGUUCGGGUCACGGCGUGUGUGUGUCCGGAGUGUGUGUGUGCAACCGCGGAUACAAAGGCGACAACUGCGAUGUGGUGGACUGUGCGGACCCGUCCUGUUCGGAUCACGGCUCUUGCCUUCACGGUCGGUGCCACUGUUUCCCGGAGUGGACCGGAUCCAGAUGCGAGUCCCAGGUGUCUCUCUGUCCCGAGCGCUGCUCCGCCCGAGGGAUUUUGGAGAACAAGGCGUGCGAUUGCGAGGCCAGCUGGACCGGAUCGAACUGCUCCGCGGAGGUGUGUGCCGCGGACUGCGGGCCUCAUGGUGUGUGUGUCGGCGGAGUGUGUCGCUGUACGGACGGCUGGUCGGGGAUUCGGUGCGAGCAGGAGGAGUGUAAACCACGCUGUGGGGAACAUGGUGUGUGUCAGGAAGGUCAGUGUGUGUGUCAUCAAGGCUGGACGGGAGAGCACUGUAACAUCGCUCACUUCCUGGACGGUAAAAUCAAAGACUGGAUAGGAUAUCGAGACAGUUGUCCCGGUCUGUGUAAUGGUAACGGUCGGUGUGUCCUGGAUCAGAACGGAUGGCACUGUCUCUGCCAGCCCGGGUGGAGAGGAACAGGAUGUGAUGUCGCCAUGGAAACCGUUUGCUCCGAUGGAAAAGACAACGAAGGAGACGGUCUGACGGACUGCAUGGAUCCGGACUGCUGCGUUCACUCCUUCUGUCAGGAACAGAUCUACUGCCAUGGAUCACCUGACCCAAAAACCAUGACCCCUCAGCGACCUUUAACCCCCACCAUGACCUUUUAUCAGAGAGUCAGUUUCCUGAUGGCGGCGGGAGGAACACAUCGACUUCCUGCAGAGAAUCCUUUUAACGACAGUCUGGUGUCUGUAAUUCGAGGUCAGGUGAUCACUGAGGACGGGACGCCGCUGAUCGGAGUGAACGUCUCGCUGCUUCACAGCACAGAGCACGGAUACACAAUCACACGCCAGGACGGCAUGUUUGAUCUGUUGGUGGACGGCGGAUCGUCUCUGACUCUGACUUUUACCCGCGCUCCGUUUCCCAUCAUGCAUCGCUCCGUGUGGUUGCCAUGGCGAAUAUUUCACGUGAUGAACCGAUUGGUGAUGAUGCGGGAAGAGAAGGACACGCCCACAUGCGAACUCAAUGGCCUCCUAAGACCCAGCCCACAGAUUGUGACAUCACCACUAUCAACCUUUUACAGCUCUGCCCCCGAGGCCACGCCCAUCGUACCUGAGACCCAGGUUCUCCACGAGCAGACGGCCGUCCCAGGCAGUGAUCUGAACCUGGUGUACCUCAGCUCUCGGGCGUCCUCCUACAAACCCGUCCUGAAAGUGAUCAUGACCGGAUCAGUCGUUCCCUUUGGCCUCGCUAAAGUGCACUUGAUGGUGGCUGUAGAGGGAAGAAUGUUCCAGAAGGUGUUUCCGGCGUCUCCGAGACUCUCCUUCACCUUCAUCUGGGAUAAAACCGACGCUUAUGGACAAAAAGUGUACGGCCUGGCCGCGGCUGUGGUGUCCGUGGGCUUCGAGUACGAGGCGUGCCCGGGCGUGGUUCUCUGGGAGAGACGGAGCUCCACACUGCAGGGGUUCGAGCUCGAUGCCUCCAGCCUGGGCAGCUGGACGCUGGAUAACCAUCACAUCCUGGACCUGCAGAGCGGAAUCCUGUACAAAGGAAACGGUGAGAACGUGUUCCUGUCCCAACUGCCCCCGGUCAUCAGCACCGUCAUGGGUAACGGACGCCGGAGGAGCAUCUCCUGCCCCAGCUGUAACGCCCCGGCAGGGGGGAACAAGCUGCUCGCACCAGUAGCGCUGGCGUGGGGCGGAGACGGGAGUCUGUACGUGGGAGACUUCAACUUCAUCAGACGCAUUGACGCAUCAGGAAACGUUACCAGCAUCAUGGAGCUCAGGAAUAAAGAUUUCAGACACAGUAAUAACCCGGCUCACCGCUACUACCUGAGCUCGGACCCUGUGACGGGACACCUGUACGUCUCGGACACCAACUCCAGGCGUAUUUACCGUCCCCGAGUGCUGUCCGGCGAGCUCGAACCCCAGACUAACGUCGAUGUUGUAGCAGGGACUGGGGAUCACUGUCUGCCUUUUGAUGAGAAUAAGUGUGGUGAUGGAGGACCGGCAUCUGAGGCCCUACUUACAGGACCUAAAGGGAUCGCCGUUGACAAAAACGGCCUGAUCUACUUCGUGGACGGAACGGUGAUUCGCAGAGUGGACCAGAGCGGCGUCAUUACCACGGUCCUGGGGUCAAACGACCUCGCCUCAGCUCGACCUCUCAGCUGUGACGCAGUCAUGGACACCCGGCAGGUUUCACUGGAGUGGCCGACUGAUCUGGCCGUCAGUCCGAUGGAUAAUUCCCUUUUCGUGCUGGAUGGCGGUGUGGUUUUGCGGAUUACAGAAGACGGGCAGGUGAGCGUCGUAGCAGGUCGGCCUCUCCACUGUCCUCUGUCCGCUGCCGAACCUUCAGUAACCGAGACCCAGCGCGCCACACACACUCAUCUGGAGUCUCCGAGUGCCAUCACGGUGUCCUUCACCGGAGUGUUGUACAUCGCCGAGACGGACGAGCGGAAGAUGAGUCGCAUUCGCAGCGUGGCACCAAACGGUGAGAUCACUCACCUAGCCGGGUCGCUGUCCGACUGCGACUGCAAAACGGACGUUAACUGUGACUGCUACCUCACCGGAGACGGGUUCGCUAAAGACGCUCGUCUCAACGCGCCUUCCUCGCUCAUAGCCGCUCCAGACGGAACGCUAUACGUCGCUGAUCUUGGAAACAUCCGGAUUCGAGCUAUCGAGACGAACAAACCGCAGCUGAACACACGGGGGCUUUAUGAAGUGGCUUCCACCGCAGAACAGGAAGUGUACAUGUUUGACUUGAACGGAACGCACCAGCACACCGCUAAUAUUGUGACCGGAGAUUUUAAAUACAACUUCAGCUACAGCAAUGACGGAGAUCUGACCUCCGUCACCGACUGCUACGGAAACACGCUGCGCAUCCGCAGGGACGCUAAUCGGCAGCCGGUCCGAAUCGUAGCGCCCGACAACCAGGUGGUUUGGCUGAACGUCGGCUCUAACGGGGGCCUGAGAAGCCUGGGGACGCAGGGGCGGGAUCUCGUGAUGCUCACGUACCAUGGCAACAGUGGUCUCCUAGCAACCAUGAUCACCUCCAACGGCUGGACCACCUUCUACGAUUAUGACAGCGAGGGAAAGCUGACCAACGUGACGUUCCCCAGCGGCGUGCUGAUCAGUCUGCUGGGGGACGCCAGCCUCGUCUCCACCGUGGAACUGGAGAACUCCGAGAGAGAAGGCGAGGCGCGGAUCACGGCGAACAGCUCGGACAUUCAGACAGUCUUUACGCUACAGCAGGAUCAGGUGAAGACGAGCUACGUGCUGGGUUACGACAGCUCGCUCUGGGUUUUAUAUGCGAACGGACUGAGCGCUCAUUUCCAAACCGAACCUCACAUCCUGUGUGGCGCCUCGUCACCAACGGUGGCUCGGAGGAACGUGACGCUUCCAGACGACGCCGGACAGAACCUCGUGGAGUGGCGCUUCAGGAAAGAACAGGCUCGCUCUAAAGUCACUGUGUUCGGACACAAACUGCGAGUGAACGGCCGGAACAUCCUGUCUGUCGAUUACGACCGCACGCUGAGGACCGAGCGGAUUUACGAUGAUCACCGCAAGUUCCUUCUGAAAAUCAGCUAUGACUUAACGGGACAUCCUGCCGUGUGGACGCCGAGCAGCAAAUUACUGCCGGUCAAUGUGACUCGGAGGAGCAACGGGCAGCUGAGCGCCAUCCAGUGGGGAACGGUGAUAGAGCGAUUAGAGCACGAUGAACAAGGGCGCGUUCGCACUCGAGUAUUUCCUGAUGGGAAAACAUGGAGCUACACACACCUGGAGAAGUCCAUGGUGCUGAUCCUGGCCAGUCAGCGGCAGUUCACCUUCGAGUACGACGUCAACGGUGAACUUUCUGCUGUUGUCAUGCCCAGCGUCGCUCGCUACAGCAUGGAAACGAUUCGCUCCGUAACCUAUUACCGGAAUAUAUAUCAUCCACCAGAAAGCAACGCGUCUGUAGCCGUGGACUACAGUGAAGAUGGACGGCUUCUCCGAUUGCUCCGGACAGGAACGGGGCGUCGAGUGAUUUAUCGCUAUCGAUGGAACGACAAACUAGCAGAAGUUGUGUACGAUAGCACUCGUGUCAGUUUCACAUACGAUGAAACACUCAGCGUGUUAAAGACUGUGAAUCUACAAAGUGAAGGCUUUAUCUGCACCAUUAGAUACAGACAACUAGGCCCCCUAGUGGACAGACAGAUAUAUCGCUUCAGUGAAGACGGGAUGGUAAGCGCAAGAUUCGAUUACGCGUAUGAUGGGAAUCUUCGCGUAAGCAGCGUUCAGGGUGUGAUCAACGAGACGCCGUUGCCUAUCGACCUCUACCAGUACGAUGACAUUUCUGGAAAAGUGGAGCAGUUUGGGAAAUUCGGUGUCCUCUACUAUGACAUUAAUCAGAUAAUUUCCACCUCUGUUAUGACGUACACUAAACACUUUGACGGGCACGGUCGAAUCCGAGAGAUCCAGUAUGAGCUUUUUCGGACGACUCUUUUCUGGAUCGCGGUUCAGUAUGAUGAGAUGGGUCGAGUCACCGCACGAGAGGUGAAAAUCGGACCUUUCGUGAACGCUACAAAAUACAGCUAUGAAUAUGAUGUGGACGGCCAGCUGCAGACUGUCUACCUGAACAAAAAGCCAGCAUGGAGAUAUAGCUACGAUUUAAACGGGAACAUUCACCUGCUUAGCCCCGCGGUCGGAGCACGGAUCCUGCCGUUACGCUAUGACCUUCGAGACCGUAUCACCCGUCAUGGAGAUCUCCAGUACGAGCAAGACGAGGAUGGGUUUCUGCGUCAGAGAGGAGCCGAAGUCUACCAUUACAACUCGAAUGGACGUCUGGAGCGCGUCUAUAGCAAAUCCGCUGGGUGGCACAUACAGCAUCGCUAUGAUGGGCUAGGGCGGAGAAUUUCAACUAAAUCCAGUUUGGGGCAGCAUUUGCAGUUUUUCUAUGCGGACCUGAGCUGCCCGAGCCGCAUCACGCACGUCUACAACCACUCAAGUGCUGAGAUUACCUCUUUGUACUACGACCUCCAGGGACACGUGUUUUCCAUGGAGAUUAGCAGUGGGAAAGAGUUUUACAUUGCUUGUGACAAUACCGGAACGCCGCUUGCAGUUUUUGGGAGCGACGGAUCACUGUUGAAGCAGAUACAGUACACGGCGUAUGGAGAGGUUUAUUCUGAUUCGAACCCUGAUCUCCAGCUCGUACUGGGGUUCCACGGUGGACUCUAUGAACCACUCACCAAGCUUGUUUAUUUUGGGGAAAGGGACUAUGACAUCAUUUCCGGCCGCUGGACCGCUCCAGACAUCACGUUAUGGGAAGCGAUCGGGAAAAACCCUGCACCAUUCAACCUGUACACAUUCCGUAACAACGACCCCAUCAGCAAAGUGCAGGAUGUGAAGGAGUUUCUCACAGAUGUGAACACUUGGUUGGUGGUGUUUGGGUUUCAUCUCCAUAACAGCAUUCCUGGCUUUCCAGUUCCCAAGUCUGGAAUCACUCGAGUGUCUUAUGAACUGGCUAAGAGUGAAGUUUGGGACAAUCUUCCAGCAACCGGAGUUCAGCAGCAGGUCCUGCGCCAGGCUAAAGCGUUCCUUUCGCUUGACAGAAUGCCACCACUCCACACUCCGCCCAGACCGUGGCUCUGGUUUGCUCCUAGCGAGUCUCUGAUCGGCCGCGGCAUCAUGGUGGCGCUGUACAAAGGCACAGUGAUAACCCGCGCUAUCAGCAUCGCUAAUGAAGACUGCAUCAAAGUGGCAAACAUCCUCAAUGGAGCUCUGUAUCUCAAAGAUCUGCACUUCACUUUGGACGGACGUGACACGCAUUACUUUGUGAAAUCGGGAGCUCCUGAAGUGGACCUGGCGGCACUCCGACUGGUGACGGGGCGAAAGCAGCUCGAGAACGGCGUUAACGUGAGCGUGUCCCAGUCGACGGCCGCGAUGGGCGGCCGCACGCGCCGUUUCGCUGACGUGGAGCUGCAGUGUGGUCUGCUAACCCUUCACGUGCGCUACGGAGCCUCUCUGGAUGAGGAGCGGGCGCGAGUGCUGGAGUUAGCCAGGCAGAGGGCGCUGACGAGCGCGUGGGCGCGGGAGGCGCAGUGCAUACGGGACGGAGAGGCGGGAACUCGUCUGUGGUCCGAGGCGGAGAAGAGGCAAUUACUGAAUGGAGGAAGAGUGCAGGGAUACGACGGAUAUUACAUUCUUUCUGUGGAACAAUAUCCGGAAUUAUCCGACAGCAUGAACAACAUACAGUUCCUCAGACAGAACGAGAUCGGGAAAAGGUAGCAGAGAACCGUGUUUAAUACUCGCCAGAAAUUAUUUAUAUGCACAUAUACCGUCAGGUUCUAAAUUCUGAGUGCGCGACCACACGUCACACCGACACGGCACCCCAAGUCACACACCGUGCGCUAUGCUGAUGACACCCGACCCUUCCUUGUCCGGUGUCCCUAUUUCAUCUCACUGAGGUCAUCUCCAGAGCUUUCACUGGUGUGAGGUUAUUGAUGAACAGGUGAGAAGUUGUGCUGCGACUAGACGGUGUGUUCGAACCAUCAGCUGAUUUCAUUCACACCAGGGCUUCACUACAGCGACAUUCGCCCAGAAAUCACUGACAAAUUGAACAAAAAUAUAUAAUAAUGGUAGAUAAAAUAAUGUAAUAAUAAGAACAGACUAAUAGCAGGUGAAAUGUGUUCAAACAUAAUAUCAGGUAGCCGUGCUCUUAAAUCUCGACUGACGGCACAGUGCAUCAUGUCCAUCACAGGACAUCAGCACUUAGAUCAAACUAUUAGUCUUUAUUAAUGCUUAAACUUUUGAAAUAAAAUCUAAAUAAUUUUUUUUGUGUGUUAUGAGAGUUAGAGACAGAUUUGCACUUGAGGAUCGUUCGUUAUCCUCUAAAGAUGAUGCCGAGCGAUGAAACUUGAUUCAGAAUCGAUCUACGACUUUUUAAAUUAUUUUGAUAAAUUUUUAUACGUUAAACAGUUUAAAAUAUGUUAAACAUUUGUUAAAAAGAUACCACGGCUUUUCCUAAGAGAACAAACUGCUUCCAUUUUAUGUAAAUACUCCUAUUUUGUGAGAACAUUACUGCAUUUUCUUAAUUUUUUUUUUUUAUUUAUGGUUGAUUUCGGCAUCACCGCCACCUACUGAACUGGUGUGUAGAGCAGGGGACAAGCAGGACAGAAGGGUUAUGGCUUGGUCCAAACAUUUAAACAGUUCACAGGACAAGUUACACAGCGUUUCAGGGUUUAUUAGAUACUGUGAGUAGAUCAAUACUUUAAAAACUGUAAGAAAUACAGCUGUUGUAGACAAAAAUCAAACGAUACACUUUAGUAAUGUCACAUCAAUGUCGCUUCACAACAAACAAGUAUUUUUUGGCCAAAAGGAAAUCUGUGUUUUUAAUACUAUUCUUUUAUUAGUUGUAUCUUAAUUAAAUUAAGUUUGUCAGUCAGUUAUAAAUAAAACUCCAGGACGUGAAGUCCACUCAUCAUAAUCUACAUCCAGUAAGAGCAGUGCUCUUUUUCAGACUUCUGGAGUGAAUAACAAUAUGGAUGAGAUAAACAACGCGGAUGAGAUAAACAAUGCGGAUGAGAUAAACAAUGCGGAUGAGAUAAACAAUGCGGAUGAGAUAAACAAUGCGGAUGAGAUAAACAAUGCAGAUGAGAUAAACAAUGCGGAUGAGAUAAACAAUGCAGAUGAGAAACAAUGCGGAUGAGAUAAACAAUGCAGAUAAGAUAAACAAUGCGGAUGAGAUAAACAAUGCAGAUGAGAUAAACAAUGCAGAUGAGAUUUACAAACUGUUGAGAUAAACACGGGUGUUGGUCGUGCACUCAGACGCUCAGACCUGAAGGUAUAACGUUACUAAAGUGUUAAAAUAACGCUGUGCGUUGUAGAACAUUAGCGUGUUACAAAAUCAUCUAAAGCCUCAAGAAGGCCAAAACCUGUGGAGCACAAUGCGAAACUGACUUGUAUUAAUAUAUUACACACACAAAAUACAACAUUACUACAACAUUACUACCCUUAUCUGACUAUUUAUUCAAUACUCACUUCACCAGUUCCCUUAAAAUAUAUCAGAAAAAAGUGUUUACAUAUCCAUAGCUCUGCACCAAUAGAACACACACACACACACACACACACACAAACACACUCGUCACUUUUUAUAAUUUUUUACUUUAUUUAUUUAUUUUUCCCACAUGUCUCCGUGUGUAUUGUUGUACUGUAAAAGAUUUAUAUUCAGGAUUUCCAAGGACUAAAAUCUGCAUUAAUUUCAUUGUUUUCAUUUUCAAAUAAUUUAUUGUUUUUGUCACAAAAUCUCUUUAACAAUACUGUGCAACAACGUUUAUUGUAUAGCUAAUAAAAUAAAUAUCCAGUCUAAUUAAAAGUAAA